GGGACCGAGUGCCUGGUGCGGGCCCUGCAGCGGGGGAGAUUGGGCAGCUCUGCAGGGCUCUGAGGACAGUAGGUGAGAAGGCCUGGGGCCUGAGCUCUGAUGAGGGGGAGGUUAGGGUUUGCAGGCAGCCCUGCCCAGACAGAGAGAGGGGGAAGAGGCCGUCCAGGCUGGCCCCUGGGCUCUACCUCCAGGGCUCUCUUCAGUCCAUCUCUAGGGCAGACUGCGCUCUGGAACUGCAGAAGCCCCCUUCCAUGGGCUGUGCUGAAUUAAUGUUUCUUUGGUAACUGGGUCAGGGUUUCUUAUCCAGGCCUUGAGUCUCCAGCCAGCCUGACCCCUCCCGUGCUUGGGUGUGGCUGGCGCUGUGUCUGGGAGGGAGGGUGUGGUGCUGGGUGGCCUUGGGAGAGUGCUCACCUCAAGGGAGUCUCAGUUUCCUCUUCCCUAAAAUGGGAUAGAUGACAGAAACAUCUUGCCAAAGCCUGGAGGCCUGUUCCCAAAUACCCCAGAACAGCUGAUGGGAUUCCAAAGUGAGGAAGGAAAUCUUGUUCUGAGGCCUUCCCUGAGGAAGGAAGUCCUGUGAGCCAGGAUGGGAAGUGGAGGGGAGAGGCUUGGGGGCCAGGCCAGGUGGUGGGGAGGGGCUGGAGAACAGGCCAGAAAGUCCCGGGGCCUGGUGACUGACUCACUGGAACAGAAUGUCCUGUUUCUUUUCUAUUUCCUGGUGGAUUCUCUGUGAGGGCUGGGAUGGGAAGGGGUGGAAGGGGGAGAGGGAGGCAAAUUCACACUGAGAGCUGGACUAGACUGCAGGCUUGGGAAAGUGGAUCAGGGUCUAUGGUGCCUUUUGAACCCGCCUCCCCUCGCCUCCCCCUACAGCUGCCCUGAGCUCAUCCCCAGCUUGGACUCCUGCUGCAGGCCCUCUGGGCUGCCUACCUCCAGCCCUGCCCCUUUGUGAAGCGUCCCCACACUGUAGCCUCCUCACUGUCCUUAGAACAAAGUCUAAGGACAUUGUUGGCCUUCUGGUUGGCCAUUCAAGGCCCCCUGGUCUGUUUUGUGCCUACUUGUGUUCCUUUUGUCCUAUCCGCACUGCUCCAGUCCUCAGACUCAGAAAACCCUGCACCUUCCCUUCUCUGUGUCUUUGCCCAAGACGAAUUUGUUACUCACUCCUAUGGGUUUCCAAUUUAUUAUUAUUAUUGUUGUUGUUGUUAUCAUUAUUUCUCUUGGCACACUGAACACACUCUCUUUCCCUAGAGAUUUACGGCAAGAUUCAAAGGCCCCUGCCUUCAUAGGACUGAGAACUCUUUGAGGGCUCCCCACUGCCCAGGGUGGGACCAGUCCACACAACAGAUGGUCAGGAAAGAUUCCCAGAGCUUCACGCUCUCUAGAAAAGUAAAUGUGCUUGGAAUAACCACUGCCAGAAGCUUGGGGCUUCAGGGACACCAGGUAUAACAGUAGGACCCUGCAAGGAUUAGGCCGUUGAGCUCCUGGGGCCUUGUUGAGGGAGCUUGUGUUCCUACCCUAUCUCCCCAGUGUUGGGGGUGUGUGGAGGUCUGUAGCCUGCUGGCUUGGACCAUGCCCCCCAUCCCUCUGCAGAGCCCCAUGUCAGCCUUGGCUGGCCUGUCUUUCCUAAGUGUGGCUUCGAGCAUCCUCUGGGAGAACCAGGAUGCCUGCCAUCACCUUUUCCCUUUUUAAUAUAAGUGGGAUGUAUGGGAGACUUCCCUGGUGGUCCAGUGGUUAAGACUCUGAGCUUCCACUGUAAGGGGUGCAGGUUCGAUCACUAGUGGGGGAAUUAAUAUCCCACAUGCCACGUGGUAAGGCCAAAAGAAAAUAAAAAUAUAUAUAUAUGGAAUGUAUGGGGCGUGGUCUUUCUUCUGACCAGUAGACAGUGAUGGAUGCUGGGAGGACAGAUGUGUGUCUAAGUGGUAGACAUCUUUGGGAGCCCCACUGCAUCUGGGGCUUAUAGGCAGGGACUGUCUAUCAUAGGAUUACAAAAGUCACAAGAAGAGAAAAUACCUGGAAUAAACCCUUAGGACAAGCAGUUCCCCUGGUGCCCUCCAUCUCCCAAACUGACUAAUUGAUUUUGGUAAUUCAGUCUGAAACCACAGGCCCCACAGAUUGGCUCAUCAUGUUUCCUGUCUCCUGCUUCUGGUCGCCCCAGCUAAUACAAAUAAUUCAAAGUGUCCAGCUUCCUGUCACAGCCCCCACUGGCUCCAGGCUCCUCCUCUGUGUAGGUGUCCGGUCAUCUUAGAAAAGGGAAGAGAGAGAAUUUAGCAGGGUAUCAUUUACUAGGAAUUGUCACUCUCCCAUUCUGUGUGUAGGCAGUUUCCUACAACUAGUACCAAAGAAAGUUCACUGGGCCUUGGAGAAAUUGACAAGGACCCAGGCUGUGUAACCCUGGGCUAGGCCUUGGCCCUCCCUGGGCCUUUGCACUCUGGUCAGUAAAACUGUAGAAGGAGGCAACUGCUCUGUGGACUGGUGGUAACUAGAGAGAGCAUCGAACUAAGAGGAAAGGGAGGAAGCCCCUCCUAGACUAUUUGGUACUCUAGUUAUCACUACUAACUAGCAGUAGGCCUUGGGCAGGGCAUUUAACCUCUGUGACUAUGGGCACUGUUACCUCUGAAAUGGAGAUAACAUCACUUCGCAAUGUUGCUGGAACCAUGAUACUAGACAGUGCCUGACGGUGUCUAGUACCUGGAAUUAUUGUUUCUCACAUACCUUUUCUCCAAGGUUGGGUAAAGUGAGGCUAAUAACCCGGUCUACUUUCCGGAAGUGGUGGUGGUCUCAGGAGGUGUUGGCUGUGGAAGGGCUGUGACCGAGUGACAGUCAGGAUGGAGCCCCUUCUGGCAGACUUACUUAUGGCCUGGGCCUGGUUCACCCCCUCCCCUGAGUCGAUGAAGUGGACACCCUGGCAGGGAGCAGGGCUGGAGUGGCAUGGGUGUGCAUGGGGGGUGAGGUGGGGUGAGUGCAGUCACCAAGGGGGCCGGCAGCUGUGCGGGUCCUGGGCCCUCACUCACAAUUGGAGGAAGGAAUGCAGGAAGUGCUCACAGCCGCUCAGAUAUCUCAGAGCCUCGUCCCAGGCAGGACCAAGGCUGCAGUACCCUGGGAAUGAGUGUGCCAUGGCCUGGCCCCUGGGGUGGCCACCGGGCCAGGAGCCCACGGCACUGCGUACAGCCAGAGCUGUCCCUCGCGGAGCCCAGGCCCCCUGCAUCCAGGGAGUCUUGAGCUCACAUCUUUCAGGACAGUGCUUCUUCCAGAGCUGCCAGGGGAGUUGCCCAUGGCUCUUAGAAACCUGGCUCGAGGCUUAGAAAACAGUGACGGAGACCCCCUGAGGUCAGAGUAGAGCCAUGUGGGGCACCCAACGGCCCAGAGGGGGCACCAGCCAGGGCCUCAGACCGAUAUCUUCUUAGAAGACCAUCGGGAGAGCAGCUGGAGGAGCAAGGGUACCUGCUAUCACCAAGAGCCCCUCGCUUCGGAUGGGGAGCUAAGGUCUGAGACGCAUCCCGGGUUGCUCAGUGGGUCAGUGGCCAAACGGGGCCAUGGAAACGGCAGUGAUUGGAAUUGUGGCCGUGCUAUUCGUGGUCACCGUGGCCAUCACCUGCAUCCUCUGCUGUUUCAGCUGUGACUCAAGGACCCAGGAUUCUCAGGGGGGCCCACACCCCAGCUUCACGGUGGCCACGUUUCGCCAGGAGGCUUCUCUCUCCACGGGGCCAGGUCACCAUGUCCAGCCAGUGGCGGGUGUCCGGGACUUCUGGACUUUCAUGUGAGACCUACCAGCCCCCAGGAUUUGCUCUGCUGGUGGUCAGACUCAUCUACCCCCCCGGCAAGCCUUCUCUGUUGACCCACUCCUUCAAGCCUGGCAUUCCUGUCCUUCCCUGCCUGUAUCCAGAAAACUCCCUGUCCCAUCCCAUCCCAGCUUGCCAUGGCCUCCAGUCUGGGAGAUCCAUGGUGAUGGGGCCAGGUGGGAGUCAGCUCUGACCCCUGAGAGCUCAGCUGGACCAACCCACAGGAUGGGGCUUAGGAGAGGUCCGGAGCUUGAGUGACCGGGCAGAGUUGGGUGGUAUGGUGGGCCAGCUCUUCUGAGCUUCACGGUGAACUGAAAUAUCACUGGACUUUAUAGUGAACAGAGUGUUGGUUAACUCAAGUUAUCCCAGGAUGCCUAUGAAACUGGUUCUAUUGCCACCAGAGGAAGCAGCGCCCUCAGUGGACAGUUUUACAAACUUAUCUGUUCCUCUAAUUGAGUCAUUUUGCUACUUGCCUGUGCACAUCCUGCAGAGCCCACCCCUGAGAUCUGCCUCCUACCCGUUACCUGAAAUCAGCCCUGAAAUUCUGAAACCAAAGUGAUGCUUCCUGGGAACUGGCAAUGUAUUUUAUAAUUGAAAAUGCAUAUCCUUUUAUGGGUCUCCCAAGAAUCAGGGUUGGGGAAUCACAAAAGGAAACAGAAGAGAAAAAUAGAGUCACAGAAAGUACAAGAUGUUUUAUUAACAGGAAAGCCAGAAAGAAGACUUUGAAACAUAUUUUGAAUGAGACUUUAUUACUAUAUUCUUAUAGGUCACUUCUAUUCUUAGAGACUAAGUGACCUGUGUCACUCAGGAAUGAUAGAAAAAUGAUAGAACUCCAAAUGACAGAACUGAAAGUUAAUUUUGAAUAAGUUAAAAUGUUAUGUUAUAUUGACAGUAUGUAACAAAGCUCUUGUUUGCAUCACAAAUAAAUAGAUGUUCAGUUUUUAUUUAUAGAAAAUCUGUUUUCUCUGUACCCAUGAAAUAAAUGCUGGGCCAUAUUUAGCAUAUGGUUUGAAGGCUGCAGAAUUCUGAGUCUCCUGACUCAUGUUUCCAGCCAGCCCUGAAGGAAUGACUCUCCCAGGACCUGCCUGUUGAAGGGGGCAGGACUGACCUUGCGAGGAGGUCUGGCCUCUGAGGGUGCCCGGAUGGGCCACUCUGGCCACGGAAGGACUCUCAGAGAGAGAGGCUUAGGGCUGCAGAGGUGCAGAAGGGUAAGGGGACAGGGAGAGAGUCAGGCUGGUGGAGAGGCGUGGAGGCGGGUGGUGUGGGGUGAGCAUGGGGAGGGAAGAGGCACAGCCCAGGAACAGGAGCUCCUGGCGACCGCGUCUUGGUCACUCUGGACCCUAGAGCCCGCAAGCAGGGCCUUCAUAGAGCAUGUGGAGGGUACCGGCUGCAGGGAGGACCUGGAGGUCCUCAGUUGAGUGGAGUGAACUGUUCAGGUCAUGUUCUCUGAAAGUGAAGCCCAGACAGAGUUUGGGGUGCCAGAUGUUUAUAGGGAUCAGCAUGUGUGAGGGCAGGAGGAGGAAGCAGGAUUAGACAGAGGAAGGAGACAAAUAAUGAUGCAGGCCCUUAAUAUCCCCCCACCUUUGCUGUCUCUGAGUGCUCCCCCACAGCCUCCCAAGUUUGACCUCAGGCAAAGCAGCUCUGCAGCUGAGGCUGGCCCUGAAGUCCUUCCUUGAAGGGGUCCUGGGUGGUGCAUCUCCACAGGAGCUCAGCUGCGGCCUGUUCUCAGAGGUGCACCGACCAGUCAGAGGUGGCUGAGCAUGUCCAGGGACAAAGAAAUAACGGGCACGGGAGCUCCAGGUGGGCAGAGACGGCAGUGCGAGACCUGGGAGGGGAGAGAAGAGUGGGCCUCAGCCUCUCUCUCAUCUCAAGCAGAGUUAGCUCUGUUCUAGGUCGGGCAUCUUCAGCUGGACCCAAGUAUCAGGACCCCAGGCCCAGGGCUUUGCCUCUGUAUCGUGUGGUCACAUCCUUCCCUGGGUCCGUGGAGG